AUGGGAGUCACUGUAAAACAAUGCGAAAUUCUUGGUCCUCUUGGAAUGGUAAUCCAAGCUCUCCUCGGAAUCAUGUCAAUGUCAGCAUUGCUGGUGAAGAGAUAUAUGGAGAAACCUCAGAGAUCUUGGAAUAUCUGGUUUCUUGAUACCUCAAAACAAGUCUUUUCAGCAGGCAUGGUUCACUGACUUAAUAUGGCACUUUCCAAUCUCCUGAGCGAGUCAAGCCAUAGUGAUAACUGAGAAUGGUACUUCAUCAAUUUUGCAAUAGACGUAGCUAUUGGCACAAUCUUAUGAUUUGUGAUCAUCAAAGCCAUUGAGGGCUUUGCAGUCCUCAAUGGGAUUGAUGCUCUUAAUACAGGAGUUUAUGUUCAUGAAGACUACUCUUGCCCUGAGAAAGUAAAUCUUGAGCCAACCCAGCAAGAGAGCAAUCAUAAAAUUGACUACAAAAUAUGGGGCCUCCAGCUGUUUAUAUGGACAAGUGUAGUUUUGAUCGUCAAAAUAUGACUAUUCUUCACCGUAAAGGUAUUUUCACCUGUGUUUGAAAGAAUCGCUGACUUCUGACUGGGUUGGCUCCAGCAAUUUCCUGACCUAAAAUUGGUUUUUAUAAUGAUCUUGAUUCCAAUAACUUUUAAUAUAAUCCAAUUUUGGUUGCAGGAUAAUAUUUUGAAAGGCAAAAAGGAGAAUAUGCUGAAGUUCAUACAUAGCCCUUAUCAUGAGAGGAGCCAUACUCCUCAAAUCCCAGCGAAGUUUUCAUCCAGAGAGGGAUUUAAAGAUCGGAUGCAGUUUAGAGAUGAUGAAAUGAAGUGGAGCAUCUCUGAAUAUUGAGCGUAA